CAGGAAGUGAGGAGCCCUGGGACCCCUUCCCCAUUUCACCUCUGGGGCUUCCAGAGCGUUACCACAUCCCAAAGCCCCGACUCUAACACAAGCGCGCACACGCAGACACGCACGUUUCCUGUCCCUGUGUGACACCCACCCUCGCCGCGCGUCCGCACCAGUCCCCGCGCAGUGCCCUCCUCCCGCCACACACUCGCAAGCACGCGCGCGCAGGGUCGAGCCUAAGGCAGCUCGCCCCGCAACCCGCACUCAAGACCUGCUCCAGUCUCGCGGCGCCGAUGGCAUCUCCCGGCUCCAGCUUUUGGUCCUUCGGGUCUGAAGAUGGCUCCGGGGAUCCCGAGAACCCCGGUACAGCGAGAGCCUGGUGCCAGGUGGCCCAAAAGUUCACAGGCGGCAUCGGAAACAAGCUGUGCGCUUUGCUCUAUGGAGACGCUGAGAAGCCAGCAGAGAGCGCCGGGAAUGUACCCCCGCGGGCCGCCGCCCGGAAGGUCGCCUGCACCUGUGACCAGAAACCCUGCAACUGCCCCAAAGCGGAUGUCAACUAUGCCUUUCUACACUCAACAGACCUACUGCCAGCGUGUGACGGAGAGAGGCCCACUUUGACAUUUCUGCAAGAUGUUAUGGACAUUUUGCUUCAGUAUGUGGUGAAAAGUUUCGAUAGAUCAACCAAAGUGAUUGAUUUCCAUUAUCCUAAUGAGCUUCUUCAAGAGUAUAAUUGGGAAUUGGCAGACCAGCCACAAAAUUUGGAGGAAAUUUUGAUGCAUUGCCAAACAACUCUAAAAUAUGCCAUUAAAACAGGGCAUCCCAGAUACUUCAAUCAACUUUCCACUGGAUUGGAUAUAGUUGGAUUAGCAGCAGACUGGCUGACAUCAACAGCUAACACUAAUAUGUUCACCUAUGAGAUUGCCCCAGUAUUUGUGCUAUUGGAAUAUGUCACACUAAAGAAAAUGAGAGAAAUAAUUGGCUGGCCAGGGGGCUCUGGCGAUGGGAUAUUUUCUCCUGGUGGCGCCAUAUCUAACAUGUACGCCAUGCUGAUUGCUCGCUUUAAGAUGUUCCCAGAAGUCAAGGAGAAAGGAAUGGCUGCUGUCCCCAGGCUCAUUGCCUUCACGUCGGAGCAUAGUCAUUUUUCUCUCAAGAAGGGAGCCGCAGCCUUAGGAAUUGGAACAGACAGCGUGAUUCUGAUUAAAUGUGAUGAGAGAGGAAAAAUGAUCCCAUCUGAUCUUGAAAGAAGAAUUCUUGAAGCAAAACAGAAAGGAUAUGUUCCUUUCCUUGUGAGUGCCACAGCUGGAACCACUGUGUAUGGAGCAUUUGACCCCCUCUUGGCAGUUGCUGACAUUUGCAAAAAGUAUAAGAUCUGGAUGCAUGUGGAUGCAGCUUGGGGUGGGGGAUUACUGAUGUCCCGGAAACACAAGUGGAAGCUGAGCGGCGUGGAGAGGGCCAACUCUGUGACGUGGAAUCCACACAAGAUGAUGGGCGUCCCUUUGCAGUGCUCCGCCUUCCUGGUUAGAGAAGAGGGAUUGAUGCAGAGUUGCAACCAGAUGCAUGCCUCCUACCUCUUCCAGCAAGACAAACACUACGACCUGUCCUACGACACAGGAGACAAGGCCUUGCAGUGUGGACGCCAUGUUGAUGUUUUUAAGUUGUGGCUAAUGUGGAGGGCAAAGGGGACUACUGGGUUUGAAGCACACAUUGAUAAGUGUUUGGAGCUGGCAGAGUAUUUAUACAAUAUCAUAAAAAACCGAGAAGGAUAUGAAAUGGUGUUUGAUGGAAAGCCUCAGCACACAAAUGUCUGCUUCUGGUAUGUACCUCCCAGUUUGCGUGCUCUGGAAGACAAUGAAGAGAGAAUGAGUCGCCUCUCAAACGUGGCUCCAGUGAUCAAAGCCAGAAUGAUGGAGUAUGGGACCACUAUGGUCAGCUACCAACCCUUGGGAGACAAAGUCAAUUUCUUUCGCAUGGUCAUCUCAAAUCCUGCAGCCACUCACCAAGACAUUGACUUCCUGAUUGAAGAAAUAGAACGCCUUGGACAAGAUUUAUAAUAACUUCACUCACUAAGCUGUUUCAAUUCUCUAGGUAGACAAUUAAGUUGUCACAAACCGUGUAAAUGUAUUUGUAGUUUGUUCCAAAGUAAAUCUAUUUCUAUAUUGUGGUGUCAAAGUAGAGUACAGUUUAAAAAUUGCUCCUUUUAAAAUCCCUUUCUUAAGUUCAGAAUACCUCUCUAAUAAUUAGUGACGAACAGCUGUGUUCUAAUCAAUAAGGAAAAGCUUAAAAUUGUUAUAAAUACUUCCUUUACUUUUAAUAUAGUGUGCAAAUCAAACUUUAUUUUCAUGUCAGAGUAAUAUGAUUGAAUAGUGCCAAAUUGCCCCUGAAUCCUAAAAGGUUCUGUGGGGUGCGGUGAAAAGGUUAAAGUAAAUACAAAAUGUAUGUUGACAAUAAAAACUCUUGCCUUUUUCAUAGUAUUAGAAAAAAAUUUCUAAUUUACCUAUAGCAACAUUUCAAAUGUAUUUAAAUACAUAUAAUUUUACAAAAGGAAAAUAUAUAUAUUAAAAAGAAAUCCUAUUUUGUAACAUAUAGAUUUUUAUUUUAUAUGGGUUAUACAAACUGCAGGGGCAGAUAAGAAACCUAAGCCAGAUUUUAUUUUCUCUCUUUCUCUUUCUUUUAAUGAAGGCACAAUAAAACAGUUAGCAAACUUAUUUUGACACAUAGGCCCACAAAAUUCUUAAAAGGUAUAGGUCCCUCUUUCAGAACAUGUUAUGGCUUAUCGCAUCUCCAAAGUUAGUAUUUCAAAGCCAACAAAAAAGAAUAUUGUAAACGUAUUAAAAUGAUUGAUCAGAAUUAAGAUUCUAUUCCCCAUUUAAGUUUUUCACCCAGUUUUCCCUUAGCAGACCCACCCUGUAAGCAUGACCAGUCAAACUUCAUCUGAGAUUAAGUUAGGGUAGGCAUCUCUAUUCUGUUAUCUAGUUGGACCUGUUUUGAAGAGACAGUUGAUGCUGAUUCUUGAAGUGUCUUCCCUAACAGUAUUCUCUAAUUAGGUCAUUUUGGAUCAACUAGAAAAAAAAAUUAAAAUAAAACCUAAUCAACCUGAGAAAAAGGGAGUGAAACACAUUCCCAGAAUGUGGUGAGUCCAGAAUGUUCAACUCGAUCUUGGGAGAAGAGAUCUCUGUGUGACAAGAAUGACAUAAUCCUGGAUGCCAUAUUGCUACUGUCCAGGAAGGUGUCGUUUACCUCCUGGGUAAUUACUUAUCCCCAUUCCCUACCCAUUUCUGCACACAAAAGUUUCUCCUGCUAGACUCCCUCUCACUUAGAUCCUAAGCAAAGAAUUCAUAUCCCACGGGUGGUUCUUUUUCUUUCACGAAAUAAGCUCUUCUCCUUAGAUUUUGAGAUAUAUACCAAGACCUUUGAUCCUAGGUCUCCCAUCAAGAUCCAAAGCAACCAGAAUAUGCAGAAAAUAUUAGAAUUCAAACAAUAUUUUUAAAAUGCCUUUCUUCCUCUGCAAACCUGAUGGAGAGACAUGAGCUAGCAAAGCUCCCAUGGAUAUUUAAGGGGCCACAGAAUGUCUGAUUCCAAGUGCUAGUAGGAAAACUGCAGCCUCUGCCAUGCAGAGUGCAGAUACACAUAUAGCCACAUUCUCCCUUUCUGUAUAAACAGGGGAGUUCAACAGUCAGAAAGACUAAGGGUACAGAAGAAAGAGGGCCCUAUCCUUUCAUAGAUAGAAACACCCAUAAUAUAACCCCGGGAUGUAGCCGUCUAAAAAUCACUGUGAGUUUGCCUCUCCCUUAUUUCUCCCAGGUUGUAUAUAAAACAUUCAGACUUGAUAUGCAUAUGACCUUGGGCCUUUCUGUUUAAAAAGCAAAUGGAUUCCCUAUGGAACUAGGAAAAAAAAAAUCUUUACCUACUUUGCAGAAUUUCACAAAGGAAUAGCCUCCCAUUUCAGACUUUCUCUAACGGGCAAGCAUCCCUUUCCUUUCUGGAAAUUGGCUGCUGAGAAGUACAACCUUGCCCAUCCCUCUUGAGCCUCAGGUCUAGAGGUUCCAUUUCAGAGACAGAAACUCUAAUUUAUCAAACUUUUCUACUUGGAGUAGAUGGUGGGGCCCGGCACCAAUCUCUCUCUACUCCAGGAUGCUUAGCAUUUGGAGGACAGAUUCUACAGCAGAAGCUGUUUUGAGCUUCAUGACAUUGUGGAAUUUAAAAAGAGAUUUUGUACCUGUGUAUGAAAUUCCAGCAAAAUAAUUUUUACCAACAGGGUGUCUCUCUCCCACCUCUGCCCCUUCCAGGUCCUUCCUCAAUUUGCUAGGAAAUUUGCCCAGGCCUGUACAGGGAAAUCCUUACCACCCAUAACCCAGAAAAAGAGGAAAAUAAAAGCCUAACAGGUCCCGGUAGUUUCAUAAGUACUCUUUAAGGUAGACCUGUAGUCCUCACAAGAUGGAGGGAGGAAGGGAAGAAGAAAGGAACAAAGGAACCAAAGAAACAAAGAAGGAAGGGAGACUGUUUUGAACAUUAGCCCAAAUUCCCCAUGCCAGAAGAUUUUAUGUGGGACCAUUCUUUAAAAAUUUUAGAAAUGUUUGGUUUUAGCUUUAAUCAGAAUUGACAUGGCCAUUUUUAUUUCUACAGCAAUAUUGUGUUCAUUAUUUUAAAUACUUGAAAAAAAGUACAAUAUGUCUUUCUCUGAGACCUGCAAAUGGUAUGAACUUCACGUACUGUCACAGGAUGUAAGGCAAGAAAAGGAAAUCGAGUGUGUGUGACUGUGUUGCCUUUAUUACAUUGAUAGUACUGUCUUGUCACCUCAGAUUGGGGUUGUGCACUUUAUAUCUGAACUGUACAGUGUCGCAAAUCAACGUGUUGCUGUAAAAGCUUGUACAAUAUAUUAUUGGUAUGUUUUCUUCUGUGUGGUAGCUGUAUUGAACUUUGAUAUUAUGAGAACUGCAUUUGCUUGUGUUCCUGUUCUUUCUCUCUCCUCUCUCAUCCUUCCUGCUGCCAAAAUAAACUGUACGCCCUCCACAUCAGCUCUAAUAAAGAACUUGCCCUGAGCUAAGCCCCCUCCUAAGAAAUCUCCUUUGAGAACUGGUAUGAUUUCAGAAAAAUGCAAGGUGAACACUACUUCAUCUCUAAGAACUGAAGAAACCGAUUGUGGAGUGUCACAAAUGGCCAACAUUGCAGGUGUUGACUGCUGGGCCUUGGAGUAGGUGCUACUCCUCAGAAUACGGACUAAGAAAGCACAGGUGUAAAUAUAUAGUAGCAGGACAAAGAACUGAGGAACCUCAAACUGGGAAUCAUCUUGCACGUGCUCUUCUGUUUCAAGUGCUAAAUGCAAACUGUGUAUCUAUUAGUUAUGUGUGCCAAAUACCGUUGCCCACUGGUGUUUCUGAAUGACAUCGACAUUUCCCCAGCAUUACUCCAUUACUAAAGACAUUUAAAAAAAUUUAAAAAUAAAAUAUACAAACAUGUGGCAACCUGUUCUUCUUACCAAAUGUAAACUUGUGUAUGAUCCAAGUAUUUUAUCUGUGUUGUCUCUCUAAACCCAAAUAAAUGUGUACAUGU